AUGGCUCUCGGCUCCGCCAUCACCCUCAUCCUCUACGCCGUCCUCGGCGUCUUUCUCAUCAUCGAGCUUGGCCUGACAAGUUAUGUCGUCAGCAAGACCAACAUCGGCGGUUGGUGGUGGUCCACGACGCCCUCGUCCAUAGCCUUCCUCCUCUUCUGUACCAUCUGGUCGAUCCUGAUCCUCAUCUACCUUGUCAUCGCCCACAUCGUCGAACAACUCUUCCACUCCCUCGUGGCCCUCGUCCUACUCGUCAUCACCACCAUCUUCUGGUUCGCCGGCAGCAUCGCCGUCGCCGCCUACAUCGGCGUCCCCCACUGCUCCGGCGAUUGGUGCACGCCCAUCCAAACGGCCCAGGCCGCUGUCGCCUUCGGUUUCUUCAUCUGGAUCAUCUUCACCGUCCUCACCGUCUUCACCGGCAUGAGCGCCUUCAGGGGCGGCGCCCGCAAGACGACGGGCCCGCCCAUGCCUGCCUGA